AUGGGUCGAGUAGCUGGGGCUGGUGGCCGGCGGAUCUUUCGACAGGACGCCAUAGUCUUCGCCAGGAAAACAGCUCAACGGCAGAGGUUGCUGAGUAGGAGGACAGCUACCGACCUGCAGUGCAGCACACAAGGCAUAUUUUCACAGUCACGGCUUUUCUCCUCGCACAACCCACCGAAUCAGACCGAGCCAUCAUCCAGCCUAAAACAUGACUCCGAGACGAACCCUCGUGAUCCGGCAAAGUCCACGAACGACCCCAACUCAUCAGCGGCAGAGCUACCAUCAGUAACGGACAGCCGUCGCAGCAACUUGAAUCAAAAGUUUAGCCAGACCAUGGAUAAUCUUCAAGCACGAGUCCUCACAGCUUCGCAAACUCUCAAUGACAUAACCGGGUACUCCUCCAUCGAAGGUAUAAAGAAAGAGAAUGAUGCGUUGGAAGCACAAUUAGCGGAGGCACAUGUCAGGGUUCGAAAUGCGCGUCAGGCAUACAAGACGUCGAACACAAAACGAGCCACAACGCAACGAGAAGUCACGACUUUGCUUGCUCGAAAGGACACCUGGUCUCCCACCGAUCUAGAGCGAUUUACAGAACUAUACAGGACAGACCACGUUUUAGAGGGAGAGGUGUCUGGCGCCCAGGAAGCUUUGACAGAAGCCGAAGCCGAGGAGCAAAGUCUGAGCCAGCGACUUAACGCGGGGAUACUGAAGCGCUACCACGAGGAGCAGAUUUGGAGCGACAGAAUUCGACGGGCAAGCACAUGGGGCACAUGGGGCCUUAUGGGCAUGAACUUUGUCCUAUUCGUUGUGUUGCAGUUCUUUGCCGAGCCUUGGCGAAGAAGACGUCUUGUCAAGGGUGUAGUCGAAGAAGAGAAACGCGUAUUGGAAGAGGUUCGGGGCGAAUUAGAAGCUGUCAAGUUGUCCCUAGCCAACAAGGAGGAGGAGGCUAUUCCCCGGCCGAUGCAAGAGUCGUUGGCGGUGGCACCCGCGGAGCCAGAGAUUACCACUCCUCCGUCGGCGGCGGUUUCUUGGAAGGACUUCAUCACCGAACCGGCUCGUUGGUGGGCUGCUGCAGCUGACUUGGUCAGCGAGAGGCGGGUUGACUUGCGGAUGAAGGACGCUUCUGCAUUGGCACUACAAGGCGCGGCGGUGGGAGCAGCAGUUGCUGGCAGUGCGGUGAUGUUGCUCGUGAGAAGGACAUGA